GGGAGUGGCUGUGCGCUGGGCCGAACUGGGCUCUAAAGCGCGCCCCGCCGCCGAGGGUGUCCCAGUGAGAGCCGCAGAGCGGAGCGCGGCCCAGCCACCUCCCGUGCGCGACCCGAGCGGCAAUGGCCACCACGGCGCAGUAUUUGCCGCGCGGCGCCUCCCUCCUGCCCAUGUCCGCGCCGGAGGCCGAGCGGCUGCACCAGGGUCCCACCUACCGCGAGGUCCAGAAGAUGAUGCACCACGAGUACCUGCAGGGCCUGGCGGCCACCCCGGGCCACCCCAUGGGGACCCUCCCGCACCACCAGUGGCUGCCGGGCGCCACGGGGGACUGGGGGGGCGGCGGCGGGACCCACCUGGACCACGCCAAGGCCAGCAGCGGGCCGCGCGGAGACUUGGACGGCAGCGGAGGCGGCUUCCACUCCCGCUCUCACCUGGUGCACCAGCAGGCGACGGGAGGCGGCGGGGGUCACUGGGGCCAGGGCGGCCCGACGCAUCACCUGGGCGGCUGCCCCGCCGCCAUGUCCCCGACGGCUGGCGGUCCGCAGCCUCUGCUCUACUCGCAGGCGGCGUACCCGGGGCUCAACGGGAUGCUGGGCCCGCAGCCGCCCGCCCUCCACCUGCCGCACGGCCACGACGAGGUGGCCGAGGCCCACCUAGAGAGCUCCCCGACGCCACUGGGCCACGCGGGGCCCGAGCCGCCCUCCGACGAGGACGCGCCCAGCUCCGACGACCUGGAGCAGUUCGCCAAGCAGUUCAAGCAGCGCCGGAUUAAGCUGGGCUUCACGCAGGCGGACGUGGGGCUGGCGCUGGGCACCCUGUACGGCAACGUCUUUUCGCAGACCACCAUCUGCCGCUUCGAGGCGCUGCAGCUGAGCUUCAAGAACAUGUGCAAGCUGAAGCCGCUGCUCAACAAGUGGCUGGAGGAAACCGACUCGGGCAGCGGCAGCCCGGCCAGCCUAGACAAGAUCGCGGCGCAGGGCCGCAAGCGCAAGAAGCGCACCUCCAUCGAGGUCGGCGUGAAAGGCGCGCUGGAGAGCCACUUCCUCCGCUGCCCCAAGCCGUCGGCCCACGAGAUCACGUCGCUGGCGGACUCGCUGCAGCUGGAGAAGGAGGUGGUGCGCGUGUGGUUCUGCAACCGGCGGCAGAAGGAGAAGCGGAUGACGCCGGCCGGGGGCCCCCACCCGCCCGCCAUGGAGGACGCUUACUCGCAGGGCGAGGCCUCCCCGCCGCUGCACCACACGCUCCGGAGCCCCGUGCAAUGACUGAAGAGCGGCGCCGGCGGCUGUGCAGCCGGCUGGUCUGGCUGGGACUGGCGGCAGGACUCUUGCGCGGGCUACGCCUUGGGCAUCGGGGACGGCGGGGAGCCUCGAAGCUAGGAGAGCCGCCCGGCCGCCUUCGGCCGCGACCCCGGCUCUAAUUUAAACUCGGUAUUUAUUGACCCCCCUCGGCAAAGCACUGGCCGAGACAAGCGCGGAGGGGCUCCGCUUCCUUGAGGACGCCGCGGGGCUGUGCCUGUCUCCCUCGCCCGGAGGACUCGAGGCGGCGCUUCUAGGCCCGACGGUCCAGACCUCCUCUGUCAGCCGAGCGGCUUUCCGAAGGGGGCUCGUGGCCAGCGCCCUCGGAGGGGCUCCGCGCCCAGCAAGCGGUUGAAGCCGUUGUCUUCUCCCUUAUUUAUGUUACAAUCAAUUAUUUUAUUACUCGCAUAAAACAUUUAU